AUGGGUCAUGUGGUCAUCCGCAAGUUCCUUCGCGCAGGAUCUGGGGCUGACGUCCUCACCAUUGGCAGUGACUUCGGACUUUCAAAGUGGGACGAAGUAGCCUGUGAUUCAGACAACGUCAUUCUGCUCACAGAUUCCUCAAGGGUCUGUCACUACUUGCAGUAUCCCGAAGAAACCACAUUUAUCUACUCGUAUUUUGAGAGUAUAGGCAGCAAGUACGACAAGACGCUGUUCUUCGGGCUCCAGUACAUACUGAAGAAGUGGAUGGUCGGGCCGGUAAUCACCGUGAAGAAGAUAAAUGAUGCUAAGGAAUUCUUCAGGAUGCACUUCAAUCAGGAGCUCUUCAACGAGUCCGGAUGGAUGCAUAUCGUCGAGCAACACGAUGGCCAUCUGCCCCUCUCGAUCAGGGCAGUGCUUGAAGGCAGCCUGAUCCCCACACGCAACGUCCUCUUUACUGUAGAGAACACGGACACUGCAGUACCGUGGCUCACCGGUUGGUUUCAGACCCUACUGAUGCAGACAUGGUACCCGACUACGGUGGCGACUCACGCAUGGCACUACAAGGAGCUACUGGCGAGGUACCUACACGAAACAUGCGGCUCCACAGCUUCUAUACCGUACCAGCUCCAUGAUUUCGGCUGCGGCGGUGCUUCUUCUGCCGAAUCGGCUGCCAUUGGAGGCGCGGCACACUUGGUGAACUUCCUGAGCAGCGACAACAUAGCCGGGAUUCGCCUCGUCAGCCAAUACUACGGCUUCCCAAUGGCGGGGUACUCUUAUCCUUCCACAGAGCACAGCACCAUGACCCCGUGGGGUCCGGCGGGGGAGUCGGCAGCGUGUCGCCAGGUUAUGCACGCGUUCCCCAGCGGGCCGGCCUCAGUGGCCAGCGACGCCUACCACGCGGCGAACUGCUGCGAACACGUCUGGGGUCAGGACCUGCGCCACCUGGUCGAAGCCCGCGCAGAGCUCCACGGCGGCAUGCUCAUCGUCAGGCUGCAGUCCGGCGACCCUCCAGAGAUCAUCGUCGAGGUCUUGGAGAUACUUGGGAGGUACUACUCGGCGACGGUGAACUCGCUCGGCUUUCGCGAGCUGCCGCCCUACGUGCGUUUGAUGCACAGCGAUGGCGUAACGUUGGAGAUGGCAGAAGCCGUGCUGGCUAAUGUCAAGGCGAACCGCUGGAGCGCCCAAAAUGUGCUUCUGGCCAGCGACGGCACACUCAUGCGUGAACCACGAGGACCAGCGCAGCGCUUCGCCUUCCAGUGCAGUGCAGCCAUCGUCCGCGGCCAAGAGAAAGAAGUACACAGGAACCCAGUGACCGACACUAAAUUGAGCUCCAAGAAAGGGAGACUGACUUUACAGCAUUCUGGCAGUGGGUACAUCACAGUAGAACAUGGCCAGGGAAACCCUGAAGAGGAUUGUCUUAUUCACGUGUUUAAGGAUGGCCACCUCCUUGUGGAGCAGACAUUUGAAGACAUCCGAAGACGUUCCCAAGAGCCUUUAGGCCACUUACUCAACACAUAGCGCCACAACAUAUUGUAUGGCUCAUCCUAUGAGUGUCAGCAGCUUUGAAAUUGAGGU